CAUAUUUUUUCACUCAAAAGGUUUUAUGAUAAACUUUUGUUAUAAUGAUGAUAUUGGAUUUCAUAAAGUAACAAUGACAGAAAGCAAACAACCGACGCCAAAUCGAUUAUUACGUCCUGGUGCUAUUAUUGCAAACCCACCUGCCCCAGGUUCGCCGUUUAUACCUAGAAGCCAAUACUCUUUGAUGACGCCUGGAGACAAACACAACCCAGCCACACAGUCAUCAUCUGCUACUAUCAUUCAACCAGCUUUAAUUUCGACUGCAGUUACUACCCGAUUUCAAGUUUCUCGUCAAAUUGGGUCCAAACCACAAUUAAUGGUAUCCACUGGUUAUAAGCCCAGCGCAGGCAGUGUUGCUGUACCAAGAGUUUACUCUGGUCAUGCUUCCAUUGAAAAAAUAGGCACACCUCUAAACGCAGUUUCUGUUGAUACACACGUGAAAGCUAACGUUAAACCAGUGCCAAUGGCAAAGUCUGUUCCUGUGUUGCUUGGUCCUGGAUUACGGCAAGUCACGAAAACGGGUACAUAUGGCGAUCCAUUACAACCUUUAAAUGUUACCCGAGUACCAGUUCCAACGAACUCAUGGGUAAUCCAUCAGCAAGACCUCAACACACCACCAGUGUCGAAUACAUCAGCAACAGCUGCAGUCACAGUGUCAAAAACAAAACUCAUAUUCCAAAAUAAUGCAGUGACAUCUACAUCAACGACUGUGGCAAUGUCUCCUCAUGAUUUGUCAAAGAAGCAUGGCAAUCUGCCGCAGACAAAAUCAACCAUCAGUAUUUUGCCAACCCUACCUAAUAUACCUCCUCCAGAAGCAGUUCACAGGAAUGCACUUACAGCCACACCUGUACUCUCCGCAGGUAACAAGCCUAUUUAUCAAGUGGUAGCACCUGGAUUUCAAACUAAUAUACACAGCCAAAAUAGUGCGAUUAAGAAACUAUCUGUUUCUGCUACAAUUGUCAGCCAGCCAUCAGCAAGCACUACUACAGCGAGUUUUCCAUCAUCAACUUCUGUACACACGACCGGUCAAGUAACAGUGAUGACAUGUGGACCAGGAAUCACUUACAUACCAGCUCCUAAUCCAGCUAAUGUAUCUUCUAUACCAAUUGCAAAAGUAUAUCCUCAACAACAGCCUACGUCGAGGGUAGCAUUGACAGCUACAAGCGGCCGAUUGACAGUUCCAAUGAUAUCAUCAGUAAACACAUCCAGUUCAACGGUGUCUAGGACAACAGUUCCCGCAGUAUUACAAGUUGGUUCAAUUAAACCAACACCCACCACUUCUACUGCUAUGACAUCACAGUCAACAAUUGUAUCCACCAUACCUGUUGCAGCAAAUAAUAAGUCUGUUGCUUUAUGUUGGCCAACAACCUUAAACUAUGCUGCUCAACAGACAAUAUCAUCUGCGGGAAGUACUGCUGCUUCAAGACCCAGCAUAACAAUAACAAGUACAUCGAAUCCACAUCAGGUGGCAACAGCAAUAAGAGUUCAACAUGGUAGUAGCGUUUUAACAACACAUUUACAAGGUUCUGGUGGUGCGGCACCUUCUUUGUUGCAAGUCACUGAUACUGCAAAUCGAAGCAAUACGUCUCAUAAUCCAGUCAACCCGCCAAGUGGUGGUGGCCCUUCUACGCCGACAAUGUCUCCGAAGCCAGCUAUAUUGAGAAGACAGAGGCCUGACAGUUCAAAUGUUCUUAAAAAGUUGUCAUUUACAUCUGCAUCAAAUUUUCCAAAUCAACGUCGAGAUUUCCACACUUUACCAAAUGACAGAAGGUCAGCUCCUUAUCAUAUAAAUCGACAAAAGUUAACAAAUAACGCUGGAGAAAUGAAAGAUGUUCCCAUAAUCAUACCGACUGCUGGAAAUCAAAAUGAAAAAGGGGAAACCAAACCUGUGUUGCCAAACCAAGUAUAUGGGAAUAAAAUCAUUCCAAGUAAUGGCAUCACACCGUUGAAGGUGAACAGCAUAAAAACUCAUUCUUCACAAUUCUCCAAUAAUCCUGCAAAAGAAGGCGCAAAUCAAUCGUUUUCAAUACACCCUCUAAACAUUGAUUUACAAGUAAAAAUGGAACCUCCUGGUCAUUCAGCUUUUCAUACAACUUCACAGCAACAACAACAUACUCCUGUAAAAUCUGAAUCAAAUUCUGCAAGCCAGAAAUUGCAUUUUCAGAAUCAAUCGAUGCAUACUUACGCUGCCGAGAGCCCACAAAUUUCUUCGAACGUGCCACACCGUAUUGUGACGCAAGCAUCGGGGCAACAUAUCAAGACGAACACAAUAUUUACAAAGCCAGCGUUAUAUCCUGGUCAACCAAGAUCAAAGGCUGCCCAGGUCAUCAAGUCUACACCAUCUGCCGUGGCAUCAUCUACUGGCACUGCACCACAACCCUAUUUACCCACUGGUCCUGUAAAUCACAACGUUAAUUCUUUCAUUCAUCAAAGAAUGCGGCCCGAUUCAAAUCAUCCUGGUGAAAGAAUAUCUGCAUUCGAUCAUGUUAAAAAGGAGCACCAGUCCAUUACAGAACAUCCUAAAACUUCUGUCGACAACAUCAUAACACAACUUCAAAAUCAUACUCCACCUAAUCACCUGAUAUCAGCAAUAUCACCUGCUAAAUUAUGGACAAACGUGAACAAUGUAGAUCAGCUUACUGGAUUAUCUCCCAGAAAACGACCGAGAAAACAAACUCACAUUGUUUCAGAAGAUCCACCCGAGGUUGUUAUGGAAGACGAAGAAUCAACAGAUGAUGCUGAUGAAUGUGAAGACGAACCAAUGGCUGAUCUUACUUCAGCUCAUGAUGUUUCAACAACUCCAUCUGUCAAACUACCAGGCCACAAACCAUCAGCUCUCUUGCAUCGGCAAACAAAAACUGAAGUACAAGCUAGCAAAAAAGUUAUAAAAGAAGAAAGUCACAACAAAUCCUCAUCAUAUGUAAAAACAGAGGCUUCAAAGUCACCAACUUUAAGUGAAUCGAAACCCCUUUCCGAAUAUACUGAUCGAAAUGGCGUCAGGUACGUAGCUUCACGUAAGCGGCCGUCUGUUGCAAUUUUAAAUAAAGCAAAACCUCACACAAGACCAAUCAGCAAUCAUUACCUGCAUUAUUCUGAUGUCAGAGUUAAAGAAAAAAAGACGACAGUAAGUGAUCUUGGAAGCGAUAAGAAAAGGUUGAAAGGUUUUAAAAUAGCAAGAUUCGCAUUCCAACUUGACGAUAUGGUUGGUUGUGAGAAGGAUGUAUACGAAAAAAUGCAAGCUGUUUAUAAUGGACUUUUAGAAUAUAAAUCCUCACUCGUAACGGAUGCAACUUUUGAGAACAAUUUAGCAUCACCUUCCCCUGGCACUCCUACAUCAUUAUCAAAUUCCUUUCGUAAAGCCACAUCUACAAGAUCGUCGAGGUCUGGUUCCAUAUCAGGAACCACUGAAAACAGACCGGUGAAUUCACCAUCAACACCACUCGACAGACGGUCUAACAAAGUUAAAGACGAAAUUUCAAAUAUUGAAGAAUUGGCACAGGCAAAUUUACAAAGAUGUCGCGUUGUGUCGGAUCAAAUAUCAGAAGCAAAAACAAUGCUGCUCAAAUGUAUAGAUCAUCGACAACUUGUAUCUGAUAUUUUACAAUCACCAACUAAUCAAAAAACUCAAUCUCAUACACCAAAUAGUCCUCAAUCAAUGAAACGAAUGCCUAAAAAGAAGAACAAUAGUUAGCCGCCAAGUUGCAGAGUUAUUUUUUUAGCUUUCAAUAUUUAUUGCACUUUGUUUUGUCAAAAUGAAUCAAUAUUAAUUAGUAGUACUUUAUUGUGGUUCUGUAAUUGAAAAUCGCGAUUAAUUUAUUGCCGAGUUGCGUGAUGAUUAAACUUACAAUUUAAGGCCGCUAAUAUAUUUCUUCAGAGUACGUUGGACAUAUCAAAUGAGUUAUUGAAAACCAUUGCACUAAUGACUAGUCUAGGCGUGUGCAGUUAUUGUACGCAUGGGUUAUAUGAAGUAGUUGUUAUUAAUUUUAACGUUUUAAAAGGAUUUAUUGUCAUGCAAUUACUGGUAUGUCAAAAAGGUUGAACGUGUGUGUGGUUGACCAAAUCAGGAUGUCUAAUGAUAGUCCCUGGAUUUGAUACAUUUUUCCCUUUUACAAACUACUUUAUCAACCAUAAAUGAAUCCAAUAUGAACUUUAUUAGGUGCACUUACUCUGAAGGCAUCCACUCUUAUCAAUUGUUUUAUACAUUUUUUGUCAAGCCCAAUUUCGAAAUGUUCCAUUUUUGUCUUUUUGCCAAAUUUGUGCUUUUACGUAACCUGUUUCUCGAGUCCUUAUUGGAUAAUGCGAUAACAAAUUAUCAUUGAGACUCAAAUUGAGUCGUGCAUAUCGUUUCAGUCAAUUUCAACUGAGUGGGUUUGAGUCUCAUUCAUUUUGAUAAGGGUAGUAUUUAAUUUCUGCCCCACUCUCAUUUGGAGUGACUUACUAUUGUCUUCUGUUACUUCUUUUUCCAUUGUGUUACCGGUGCAAAUAUUUCUUGAACAGAUAUAUUUUUUGAACCAAUUAAAGAAUAAUGUUGUUGAUGGUUCAUUUCCGGACACACUCGAUAUAAAGUUUAUUGCUUUUUAUACAUUUGUCACUAAAUAUAUGUUUUUUUUUGAAAAGAA